AUGGAACCUCGAUCUUUGAAUAUGCUGAAGGCUGUUAUAGAGGAAAAUAUAAAUCAAAAAUUUUCUCUUAUAGAGAAAGAAGUAAUUGGACAGCAAGAAAUCCUAGUAAAACUUAUCGAGCAAGUAAAUUCCUUACUCCCCCUCCGUGAGCGAACAAAAAAUUUUUUUAUGGAAAAAAUUUUGAUAUAUAAAUGAUGAUUUAUAAUGAAAUCUCUAGCUAAUUCCGUUUUAUUUAAAAAGCUUCAAUUUCGGAAAUUAAAUUAAUUUUUGCUCCUCAAUUUUUGCAUAUUGGAAUUUUUUUAAAUUUUAAAAAAAAAAAAUUUUUUAUAAAAUUUAUACAUAUAUUUUUUUUUAAAAAAAAUUAACCCUCCUCCGUGAGCGAACAAGGCGUUUUUGUUCGCCCACGGAGGGGGGAGUUAGCUGAUCUGUUAAAAAUCCCGAUCCCUGAGAUUUCUUUGCCUGAAUUAUCAAUUCGCCCUAUGCAAAUUAAAUUUCCACAAGAAUCUGACACUCACCAAAUUAAUCAAGAUCACUUACUUUCCUAUGCUAUAGAGCAAAAAUUUUUUUGCUCACUAAGGAGGGGGUUAAUUUUUUCUUUUUAUAUAAAUUUUAUAUUAAAAUUUUAUUUAAAAAAAUCAUUUAAUUAUGCUUUAGGAUGUAAUUCAUUUAGGAUUUCAGAAAAUAAGCGAGAUUUAAUUAUAAUAGUUUUACUUAUAUACCACUUGCUCAAGGAACAAAAAAAAUCCAAUUUCCUAAUGGCUUUACUAAUUACAUCAGAGAAAGUUAGAAAAUUUGCCAUUAGCCAAGCGGCUUCAAGAAGAGCGAAAACUUGAAGCUCUUAAAAAGCAAGAAGAAGCAAAAAAACGAUUAGAAGCUCAAAAGAAAAAAUUAGAAGAAGAACGCGAAAAAGUAAGAAAAUUAAAAGAAGAAGCUGAAAUUAAAAGGAUUGAGACUCAUAAAACCAAUGGAAAGCCUCCACGGACAAUUUUAAAAAAUACCCAAGAAAUAAUUAUUAAAGGAGGAAGAAAAAAUUUAUACACUGAAGCUGCUACUAUUAACUUAACAGCAGCAACUGAUGAUAUAGACGAGAAACGCGAACUUUCAGCUUCAGACAUGAACUUUGACCAGCUCAGUGGCUUCGGGAGCCGUGAACCUGAAGAAUUUUCACUUUCUGACGAAAUAAUAUCCUAUUUCACAUAGCUUAUAUAUUUCAAAAAGCCAAUUAAAAAAUAAUAAUAAUUAUAAAAAAAAGCAUAGAAGCGUUAGAUUCAAUGCAUGAUUUCGACUGAGGAAAUGACAUUUUUAAUCAUAUUAUUGAAUCUAGCUAA